AUAAAAUUAAACAUUUCCGACUCUCUCUAUAAACCCAACAAACAAGCAAAGCGUGCGAAGACGACGACUCAGGCGACGAGCUGGAGAAAAGGGGGCGAUUUUAGAGAGAGAAAACUAUUUGAUAUCUUCAGAGAGAGAGUCGACGUUUUACAUAUAAUUUGUCUAUUUACAUAUACAUAUAACUUGAUAUAUAUUGCUGCAAGUGAUCGGAGACGUGGUUGGUUCGCCUGGAAGAUGAACGGCGGCCCAUCUGGUUUCAAUAAUGCGCCGGUGACGAGGGUAGUGGUGAUCGCGAGUGUUCUUUUCACUGUGAUAUUUGGGAUCCAAGCUCGUUCUAGAAACUUCGCUUGGUCGUAUCAGGAUAUUUUCAAGAAACUUCAAAUAUGGAAGCUCAUAGUUUCAGUUUUUGGCUUUUCGUCUACUCCAGAACUGGUUUUUGGUGUCUAUCUUCUGUACUACUUCCGUGUGUUUGAGCGGCAAAUAGGUUCUAAUAAACACACUGUUUUUAUCCUGUUUUCGGUCAUCGUGUCUUUACUGCUUGAAUUUGUUGCACAAUGGUUACUUAAAGAUCCAUCAUUGAGUAUACUCACAUCUGGACCCUACGGCCUUAUAUUUUCUUCGUUUGUUCCCUUUUACUUUGACAUUCCUGUUUCGACGCGGUUUCGUGUGUUUAGCCUCAACUUCUCGGACAAGACUUUCAUUUAUUUAGCCGGACUUCAGCUAUUUUUAUCAUCCUGGAAAAGAUCCAUGCUGCCAGGGAUUUGUGGUAUUCUAGCAGGUUCCUUAUACCGCUUGAAUGUUUUCCGCGUACGCAAGAUAAAGUUUCCCGAGUUUAUUGCUUCAUUCUUCUCGAGACUUUAUUUUCCAUCUAUCGGGAGUCCAUCACCCACCACAAGAUCUUCAAGGAAUGUUGUAGGAAGUGCACCACCCUAUGCAGGACGCCAUAUGGAGACAAACUAUCCAGAAUCAACCGAGGACUCGAUAGCAAUAUUGGUCUCGAUGGGCUUUGACCAAAAUUCGGCAAGACAAGCACUCGUACAAGCAAGAAACGACAUCAAUGCUGCCACGAACAUACUUCUCGAGUCCCUAGGGCAUUCAUGAGCCGAAAAACACAGCAUAUGCAUUCAAAUUAUACACAUGGACUCCAAUCGAAGUCUCGAACAAUCGAAUCUCAGACUUUCUAUGGAGAGAAACAUUUGGCUACAUGAAUCAUUUGUUUUUUUUUUUUUU